UUGAAACACAACAACUUGGCCCGUAUCCCGCACAACAGCUCACGUCGACCUUCAUCGACCCACACAAAGUGACUUCAUCGACAGCAACAGGACUAAUGUUCGGGCAGCAAAGCCAAGGUGUCUGAAAAUCCUAAACCCCCAAAUCGCUCAAUCCUUCUUUGGAGUUACUUGCUUUCUCUGCCAACCUUGAGCACGAGUAGCCUCGCGUUCUCCAAACCUGCCACCAAGAUCCUCUUCGCCUGCUACCUCUCGAAUGUCAGCCAUCGUGUGUAGAGGAGACGGGCGCUAUCUCAACUAAUGUUGACGUUGUGCUCGAAUUCAACAACACGCCCUUCUUAGUGCGCCUUGUCACUGUGAAGGUCAUGUGCAUAUUGUUGAUGGCACUCAUGUGGUCUGCUCCCAUGCCCUCGUCUUCCAUAUCCUAGUUAACAUGAUGGUGAAAGGGAUUGUAUGUGGUGGUCUGCAAUCUUGAUCAGGUUAUAUCAGUUCAAAGUUCAGGGGUUUUGGAAGAAAAAGAUAAAUCUCCAAAUCCUCGUAAGAGAUGACGUGACACUAUACGGUUUUGCUUCAAAGCACAAAUGUGGAGAAGAAUAUUGUUGGUUCGGCUACAAUGUUGAAAAUGAUCAUGAUGCAAAGCUCGUGUUGACUUCUAAGAGCAUCCAAUAUGGAAUUGGCAUCUUACAAUCUAUCCAGAAUGAGCCCAAAAGGCUGAAGAAGUCUCUAAAGGUUGUUGAGGUAUUAAUGUUAGCCUGUUUUGAGGUAUUGUCAUUGUUGAAUAGUUGACUAAUGUUCAAUAGAUGAAAUUAGCUUCACUACUAUGUAGUUGUCUGUAGAUUGUUAAUUUCUCUAUCUCCAACUCCAAAUUCAUGGUUCCUUCAUCCCAGCAGAAUAAUAUGCAGAUCCUCUCUCCUCUCUCUUCAUAUAUAUAUAGUUGCCAUGUGAGUGAACCUUCAUUGCAAUACAUGACUUACGUACUCACUAAAAGACAAAUUGAGUUAUUCUUAAUUUCUCAUAAUACUACAUUACUUGGCUCACACAAACCAAAAAUUUUCCUUCAAAACUCAACCCACGCACACACUGUACCUGAAAGAGGAUAAGAAAUAAACCAUAAUUGUUUAGACUUCUUUACUGGCAAUUUUAGAUUUUAUUCUUUGAUUCUGUUUCAGUGGUAUACUUCUAGGCAUAUAGUGUAUUUGUGCAAUUCAAAUUUAUAUCCCUAAAUACAUGUAUAACACUACAAAAAAAAACUAAAUUGCGGAGGUUUUAAUUUCGUUUAGCGGGAGUUUUUACCCUCCACAAAAUAAUUUGCAGGGGUUUUUCAAACCUCCACAGAUAGGUUCCCCACAAGUUAUUUGUGGAGGUUUUCUACAACCUCUGGUACCAAGUUUAUAUUGUGGGAGUUUUUUAAUGGAGGGUUAUAACCUCUCUUAUUCAUGACUAUUAUUUUGUGGAGGUUUAAAACCUCCUUUAUUUCCAUAAACCUAUUUGAUUUCAAAAUUCCUUUUUUUCAUUUUUUUUGUGGGGGUUAAUACCCUCCCCAAUUCGAGGGUUAUAAUUUAAAAGUUUUAACCUGUUUCGAUUGUAUUAUUUAA